AUGGUGGUGGCGGACUUGCACGUGGCGGGGCGGCAAUUCGACACGCUGAAGGAGAUGAUGGCGGAGGAUCGGCGGAGGGGCGUGGCGCGCGUGAAGGGGAGCCACACGCGCAACCUGCUGCGCGUGGUGCGCGGACUGGACCUCAACCGGCGCAUAUUUGCGCUCCUGCUGCAGGACUGCUCUCAGCCGCUAAGAGUGUACGCAGGGCGAGCGUAUAACGAGGUGUUUGGCGCCGUGCAUCCAUGGCCCGUGCGCAGCCUCGUAGCAGCGGGCCUCUUUACGCUCCCCUCCACGCCCGCCUUCCUGCUCCUCCUGGGGGAGUCUGAUGAGGCAUGGCAGGGAAACGCCGAGCAUUUUGUGGCUGCAUUGUCACCCAUCAUACAAGCAGUGGACCAUCUUUUCCUCUCGCAAGGACUAGGCCUCGACUGGUGA